AUGGAAAACGAAGGAGACCCGGAGCCCGCCGUUCCUGUUCAAGAAGAAAAAGAAAAUGAAGAAGAGGGAACUAUUACCGUUAGAGAAUUGGUUGAAUUGGAAGAGGCUGCCGAGGUUUUAUUCGCUGCUCAGGAUCCAGCCGUCUGUACGUUCCCAGAAGUGAGCGACCUUCCGAAUCUAUUUGAAAACGUUUAAAAAUUGCCGAUUACAGGGCUACAAGCCACGUCAAACUGUUUUCACGUGCCUCACGUGCACUCCUGCUCCACAGAUGGCCGGCGUCUGUUACGGAUGCUCUCUGCACUGUCACGAAGGACACGAGAUGGUCGAGUUGUAUACGAAGAGAAAGUUCCGGUGCGACUGUGGAAAUAGCAAGUUUGGAGACAAAAAGUGCACUCUUUACGAGGAGAAGGAUGCGGAUAACAUGUACAAUUUGUAUAAUCAUAAUUACCACGGAAAGUUUUGCACUUGUGAAGUCUUCUAUCCCGACGAUGAGUCGACAUUCGAGUUAUUCCAAUGCGAAAUAUGCGAGGAUUGGUUCCAUGAGAAUGUACGACUUUGGCAAUAGUCUUUCAAUAAGUCCUUCUUUUCAGCAUUUGAACUACAAACAAAUAAAUCUGGAAGAAGGUCCCAGUAGCUCCGAAGCAAUUUCUCAGGGAGAAAAGAAACCAGAGGCUUCUAUUGUAUGCUGGAAUUUUUUUACUCGAAAACAGUGUACUUUUUAGAUUUGUGUCUCGUGUGUCCGAAAGAUGCCAUUUGUCAUGCAAAUUCCAACUGGAACAGAGCCCUUUUGUCACUCGAAGCUCUCGGCGGAACAGAUUGCUUCUGUCGAUCCAGCAUCACUUGCAAUCGAGAAAUUCCGCUCCCGUCUGUGCAAAUGCACCGAAUGCAUUCGCGUCUAUGAGAGGGCCGACGUGGAAUUUCUUCUGGACGAUGAGGACGAUAUGGCCACGUUCGAGAGCGAGUCGAGAAGAAAGGUAGCAGAAAACAAAACGACUGAAGCAGAGGAAAUGCGGGAGAUUGUGAAGGAAGUGGGAAUGGAAGGAGCCAGGGUAUUCUUUGCAGGUUUGUAAAACCUUUAUUGGAUUUUAAAGAUAAAUAGAAGGAUAUUUGCAGGUCUAAAUGAUUUUAAACGUGAUCUGACAACGUUCAUUAGCACGGCUGGAAAAGACGGAAAAGCGAUUACUGCGGAACAAGUGACCACAUUCUUCGAUGCUCUGAAGGAAGACCGUUUGCAAAGAAAACGGCCACGAUACGAAUAA